AUGAGUGUUUUUUUUUUGUUACAGAAUGCACCAAAUCAGGAGCCAGUAUAUAGAAAAGUAGCAGUUGUUGAAAAUUUCUUCGAUAUAAUCUACACAGUUCACGUAGAGUUGGAAGGAAGACCGGGCAAGCACGCGGGACAGAAACGUACUUAUAGAACUAUAACGGAAACCUACGCAUUCCUCCCUCGAGAAGCAGUCACGCGUUUCCUUACCGGAUGUGCUGAAUGUGCUCGGCGCCCGCGCAGUGCUUCACCCCCUCCCCUACCCACCCCAUCCCCCUCUCCCACCAGACACCCUACUUACCUCCCUUUUCUCCCUCACUGCCAACCAGAAUACACUAGAAACUGGGAAUCAGAAAUAGAUGCAGCGCAAAACUACGCUUUCGAACCUAAAUAUGACUACACAGAUCUCCAACCGCUUAAAAAAGUUGAUAGUCCUAAGCCGCCUGAGGAAGAAGAACCUACAUACAUUGAACUAACUACUAAGAAAACCAAUGGCUUCGAUACUCCUAUUUUUAACACUGAGCCCUUCAGAGAAGAGCAGCCAGUGCGAACUGAUCCAGAGAUCGAUAAAGAUGACAGUGUAAUUGACGUUGAAGACGUCCAACCUGACAGUCCACCACCUUUGGUACCAAAAGAAGAAAUUCAAGAAGAAUCCAAUGAAAAUAUCAAAACAGAAGAAGAAAAUGAUAAAACUGAUAGGAAAGAGAAGAAAUAUAAUCCACUAGAUGUCGUUAACCUAACAUCGAAAGAUCCCCCAAAAUCAAGGUCUCCUCCGCGUAAAAAAUUGCUUCCCUCGAGUAUCGAGUAUCCACAUUCAUACAGCAGAUUUCCAAGACCGUGGAGGCCAGAUGGCGGUGUUUUCUACGGCGAUGACGUGGACUACAGCGUGCCGAUCACUACUGCGUAUUUGAAGCAUAUGAGAAGCAUGGGGUGUCACGAUCGCAUGGACUUGGACAAUAAGAGUUUAGGUUCGACCUUUUCCACCGCGUUUCUCCCUAAGGGUCAGUCAGACCGUAAGAGGGUACGGUCCCUUCGACCCCCGAAAGUGCCUCCCCAUCGCAGUGCGACUUGUAAGAUUGAUUGGGGCUCCUUCAGUCCAUUGCUGCCCCCCUGCGGGAUAUUCGUCCCUCCUUCUUUUUUCUCGGAUACUAAAGACAAGGUUUUA